CACACCGGCGGACACACACACCCCCGCACACGCGCGCCCGUGCCCGGGCGGCCCCGGCGCGGGGCCCCACGGCGGGGAUCUGGCGGGCAGAACGCCCCCUGCGCCGGAGCCCGCGCCCACCUCGGCGCCUUUGCGCUCCGCAGCGGCUCGCCUCGCCCGGCGCCCGCGCCAGUCCGGCCGGAAGAUGGUCAACGACCGGUGGAAGACCAUGGGCGGCGCUUCCCAACUUGAGGACCGGCCGCGUGACAAGCCGCAGAAGGCGGGCUGCAGCUGCAUGCUGUGCACAGCGCUCCUGUCCCUGGCUGUGCUGCUGGCCAUGGCCGUCACUGGCGCAGUGCUCUUCCUGAACCACACCCACGCACCGGGCACGGCGCCCCCGCCUGUCGUCAGCACCGGGCCGGCCAGUGCCAACAGUGCUCUGGUCACCGUGGAAAGGGCCGACAGCUCGCGCCUCAGCAUCCUCAUUGACCCGCGCUGCCCUGACCUCGCUGACAGCUUCGCCCGCCUGGAGGGCGCCCAGGCCUCUGUGCUGCAGGCGCUGACCGAGCACCAGGCCAGGCCGCGGCUGGCGGGCGAACAGGAGCGGGAGCUGCUGGACACCCUGGCUGACCAGCUGCCCCGGCUGCUGGCCCGGGCCUCGGAGCUGCAGGUGGAGUGCGUGGGGCUGCGCAAGGGCCACGGCGCACUGGGUCAGGGGCUCAGCGCCCUGCAGAGCGAGCAGGGCCGCCUCAUCCAGCUUCUCUCUGAGAUCCAAGGGCACAUGGCUCACCUGGUGAACUCGGUCAGUGACGUCCUGGACGCCCUGCAGCGGGACCGCGGGCUGGGCCGGCCCCAUGUCAAGGCUGACCUUCAGAGAGCGCCUGCUCGGGGACUGCGGCCCCGGGGCUGUGCCAGUGGCUCUCCGCCUCGGGACUGUCUGGAUGUGCUCCUGAGUGGGCAGCAGGAGGACGGCGUCUACUCAGUCUUCCCCACACACUACCCUGCUGGCUUCCGGGUCUACUGUGACAUGCGCACAGAUGGCGGCGGCUGGACGGUGUUCCAGCGCCGGGAGGACGGCUCUGUGAACUUCUUCCGCGGCUGGGAGGCGUACCGGGACGGCUUCGGCAAGCUCACGGGGGAGCACUGGUUAGGGCUCCAGAGGAUCCACGCCCUGACCACUCAGGCUGCCUAUGAGCUACACGUGGACCUGGAGGACUUUGACAACGGCACGGCCUAUGCCCGCUACGGGAGCUUUGGCGUGGGCUUGUUCUCCGUGGACCCCGAGGAAGACGGGUACCCACUCACCGUGGCGGACUACUCAGGCACUGCAGGGGACUCCCUCCUGAAGCAUAGCGGCAUGAAGUUCACCACCAAGGACCGCGACAGUGACCACUCGGAGAACAACUGCGCCGCCUUCUACCGUGGCGCCUGGUGGUACCGCAACUGCCACACGUCCAACCUCAACGGGCAGUACCUGCGCGGUGCACACGCCUCCUACGCCGACGGCGUCGAGUGGUCGUCCUGGACCGGCUGGCAGUACUCCCUCAAGUUCUCCGAGAUGAAGGUCCGGCCGGUCCGGGAGGACCGCUAGAUCGGUGCGCCCCGCCCCGCCCCGCCCGCCCCCAGCCCCGCCCCUGCCCCAGCGUCUGCCUGCCCGCGCGCGUGGUUGACCGCCCUGGCGUCCGGGUGCGCCAGGCCAACCCCGACACUAAGCCCCUCUGGGCGGGUGAGGUUACACGGCACUGUCUCCACUGCCCCAAUCUGCGCUGCCGAUGAGGGGUGCCCCAAGCCUGACGACCCGGGCCUGCCCGAACUUCAGCUCCUGGGCCAAGUGCCGGCCCUCUUCUGGCCGGGAGUCUGUCAUGUGCUCCUGGCAGCCCCUCCGCUUGGCCAGUCCUGCCACCCGGUGCUGCAGGGAACCGAGAAGGGGCAGACGGCACCCUUGGGGCCCUUUGAUCAGAGGGAAUGUUCAGAUCUUUCUGAGUUAGAUCUGAGGCCAGCCUCCUCCUACCCUCCCGGCCCCCUCCCUCACUUACACGGUGCCUGGGGAUCCCACCCUCCCCCAAGGGCCAGGAGACUGGCUGUGGGCUGGGCAGUCACAUCCUGCCAUGCCCCCAGGCCAGGCUGGGCAUAGCUGCCUGCCAGGGCUCACACCCAGGGUGACAGAGGCCGGUUCCCUGGAGCACCCCCACCCAUCCACCGGUGUUCCCCCAGGCCUUGGAGGUCCCCAGUCCCCUUGGCUGCUGUGCCCAGCCUCCUGCCUUCCUGAAGCAGCCAAAGGUCCACCGCAUUCGCCUGCCCAAGGGAGGUGGCACAGGACCUGCACCACCAAUGGUGGGGCGGGGCCAGUGAGGAUCUCAUGAUUUUCUGGGCUGCAGCAGGGCUUGUACCGCCCCCACCACCAAUCUCCAGGGACUGUGGGAUCCGGGGGACCUCCUGGGAGCAGGCUUGGAGGGUGGGGGCUGGGCCCAAGCCAUCCGUGGCGUUACCCCAUCAGCCCAGAGACUGUAGUCUCAGCGGGGAGGCCGCCCCGUGCUGGUGACUCUGGGUGCUGCCACCUCUGUCCAGGGGGAGGAGACCUUACAGGACAAAUGGGGGAGACUGAGCUCCACCAGGCACUCACAGACAUUAUCUCAUUGAAUCCUCCCAAUGCCCAACGUACUUAUACUGCUCCCCAACAAGAACUGCAGGUUCCCAAGGUCAGCGGCCAGGCGGGGUGGGGCUGGGACACCAGCUCAACAGACUGGGACUCUGAUGCAUUUGCCUUCCAAUCCAAGCACAGGACUGUUUUUCCAAGUUCCCACUUGUAGGGAGCUGAUGAGGGUCCAGGAAGUCAGCCUGGGGGCUGCCCAGUGGCCCCUCCCCUGCCCUGUGGGAGUGCAGGUUGUCCUUACAGGACACUGAGGGCAGCUGAAGACAGGCAAGUGGGGAGCGUGGGGUUCAGCUCUCCCUUCUCCUCCCACCAAAGCCUGUGCUUCAGUAACAAUAAGGCAGAGAUGGCGGGGGCAGCAGGAGAGGCCCAGAGUGCCACUGACUCGCCAUGUGGCCUGCCAGUCUCUUCCAGCCCCACCUGGUGGUCCGUAUUCAGCAACAUCUCGCUGGUCAUCUACUCUGGGCCAACGCCUGUCCUGGGUGCUGGACAAGAUGAGUCCCUGCCCUCCUGAAGCUUGAAGCAGAGAAGGCCAAGAAACAGGCAAUCAGAGUCCAGUGGUCAAGUGAGGGUGCAGCCCAGGCGCAGGUGGGGCUGGAGCAGGGUCGGGGGAGAGGCAUGUAAGAUGGCCCACAUGACUCAGAGGGCAGCUCCCCUGCUGGCCCCCCGUAGGACCCCGAGUCCUCGUCCCAGGGAGCCCCCUUCUCCCCAGUGGCCCCAGGCUGGAGCAGCUUUUGCUGCCAGCCCUGCAGUGCCAAGCUGUUUAGAAAGUGCCAAGAGCUUUCUGAUCUGUCAUCAAACAAACUCUUGGUGAGUGUGAUGUUAAAGGAUCCGCAGAUGCGUGCGCAUCAGGGCCUGGCCUUGAGCAGACUGCGGGGACGGGUGAGGGGCCUUCAGGAGUGUCCUACAGCCUCGGGACACCUGUUCCCACCAGAGCACCAGCCCCACGCCCAGCCAGGCCUGGCACCACUGGGGCAAGGGGCCAGACCAAAUGCUGGCUGAAUGGGCAUGAAGCCCGUGAUGGUGGGCACAGCCAAGACCAGUGACCCUCCUUCCCUAAAGGGCACUCCUUCGAAGCCCACAGCCUGUGUGAAUAGCCGGCCUGUGGGAUGGGGUGAUGGGGUUCUGGGAGAUCCAGUGGGGAGGGGCAACUCCACGAUCUGAGGGCUGGCAGCCGUAUGUGGGUCCUGGGGCUGUGGGCACCACGCCUGCCUCUGCCCCCAGGGGCCUGAGGGCUUGACUGGGGUGCCUGUGGCCUCGCUCUCCCAUGUGACCUUACCAAACCCUCUCCCCUUUUCCUCUUUCCCUUGAUGAGGCAAGCAAGCCAAGUGGGGGCAGAGGUCCCUACAUGGGGGUCUCGAGGCCCCUACUACGCUGCCCCACAGGCUUCUGAAAUUCCUCCCCAGCAGCACAGGUAGGUCUGUUGGAAGGGACGGGCCUCAUCACUUGCCCCCAAAACCAUGGACCCAUCUCUGAGUUCAGCGCAAGGCUGCCAGCGGGCCGCCCGGGCUCCUGGGUCCAGAGAAUGGAUGGACCCUGGGUCUCCACUCUGACGGCCUCAGCGCAGGUGGCUGGGCGCUGAGACAGAACCACAGAGGCCCGACUGUGGUUCCCCUGCAGCUGCAUGUAAACAGGUUCAUGAUGUUCGUCCUGGGGCAGAAGUGGUGUGGCCA